AUCGGACAUGUUUCAUUAGAUUGUUUUGUUGACGUUCUGCAUUUUUGCCUCAGAUGCGUAACAUCAUAUUUUUCAUAUAGUAUACAUAAAAUUUCGAAGUUCAGAAAAUAUAAUAGGUGCUCAUGAAUUGAUGUUAUGGAAUAAAAGUAAAUUGCGGAUAAUAAAACAGUUUCUAAUCUAUUAAAAACCAAUACACAUAAACCAAGCACUUUGGCCCACAAUAAAAGCUGUCAUAACUCACCCUGAAAAGUUAAAUAGCUUUCAGUUCAAUCUAAUCAUUUUGUAUAAAAAUUAUUAUGACCGUUGUGUAUCCGAGACAAAUGUUAUCGCGUUUCCAUCCGUGCCAUGGUCAAAAUAUUAUUUUGUUCGACGAAAAUACUGUCGCGUAUCGGAAGGCUAGUUUUGGGAACGCGCUCACCUUUAGUGAGAAACCAUUGCAACCGGGAGAGAUUUUUCUGCUGGAAAUCGAGAAAAAUGAACGUGGCUGGAGUGGCCAUAUGAGACUAGGUCUUACGCAGCUGGACAUUCAACCUGCUUCCACGCUUCAGUACGCUCUACCGGAUCUAGCUAACCUGGGUUCCAGCUGGGUAUUCCCAAUUACCCGGUCCGUUGGCAAUGCGGCUUCGAAAAGCAGUAUUCUUGGUGAUGGCAUAAAUGUGAAAACCACCCGCGGUGUGUUUCCACGAAGUUUGCUAAGACCGAUUUCUCAGGAUGGAGCAAGCGCUGACAUCCUGCCUACUGAUACAAACUCGCGUAUAGGAAUCGUUUUUGUUCCAACACCGAACGAAACUGACAAAGCAGAGAUGCACUUUAUUAUCAAUGGCGAGGAUCAAGGUCCAUGUACGCAGGAUAUUCCCUACACCAAAGGGGCGCUUCAUGUAGUAAUUGAUGUCUAUGGCACGACGAAACAGGUCAAAAUCAUUCAACUGUACGGAAUCUCAACACUGCAGAGUGCUUGCCGGGACGCAAUUUUAUCCAGGGUUUCGAAACCGGCGAUCCGUUUGUUGCCUUUGCCAGAAAGUUUAAAGGAAUAUUUACUGCAGUACGGCCCUUAAGCGUUAUUGUUUUUAUUGCCGCAACAAAACUUUUGUGUUGUUUUCAAGUUAUUCGAGCUCAUUCCCACUAUAUGAUGCUGCUGCUGUUGUCUUCAUUAUGCGAUUAGAUUCGGCACAUACCAGAAUUCAUGUUAGCCAUUGAUCUUGAUUAAAUUUUUUGUGCAGGGUUCCAGCCUCUUCUGGGUUGUCUUGAAACCAAUUGCGAAUGAUGGCAGACAGCUUGUUUUGUGAUAAAGAUCCAGCUGAAAGAUGAUUUAUUGUUUCGUUGCUGGUAGAUCUGAAAAUCAUCCGUUUACUAUCUAGAGGAUACAUAUUACUAUUAGAAUUACGAGAAGUAAAUCAUAUAUACAAUAAA